AUGCCUAUCGAAAGAAUCGACCUUGAGGCGCAUCAAGAGACGGAUGACGUUAUAUUCCUUUCUGAAGAAUAUCGUGGGACUUUUGGUCGCCGAAGGCGUCUCUCAUCUUGCACAAUUGGAGAUGAGGAUACCAGCAGUCACUCAAAUACCCCAACCCGUCUUCUCGAACAAGAUGAACUUGAGCUUAAGGCAAUAAGACUACUGAAUACGACUAUACAAGCAGACUCCUUCCUUGAAGUACGCCCAUUCUUUUCCGGAAAAUAUCUUGUCGAGUUUAUUCUGGUCAAAAUUCUGGUUCGAUGUCGGUCUACAGAUGUGAUCAAAAUCCGUGGCACGCCCUUCCUGAGAAACCGUUCAGCUUUAGCAAAGCUUCCAAAAAAGCCAAACGAAGUCUGCAUGUUGAUAUGCCGGGAUGAUGACACGAACAACGAAGAAGUAUCAGACAUCAGUACAUCACAAGUGGUUCAAAUGCACACUCUGCUGAUAACCAACACGAAAUACCCCAAUUUCAACCGGUCUGUCUUCAAUCCACAAUAUCCCGCAGAAAGGGGCCGACCUAAUAAGCUGGAGGUUCGUUAUGCUGGGCAAGGGAGCCGUCGGAAGCAGGCUGAAGAAUCUGUUGUUCGUAUUGAUUCCAGUGAAGUCUCACGGAGAGAAUAUAGAAUUUCCAACGAGAUACUCCGCAACAGAUGGCGAGGAACUACCGUCAAAGGAGGCUCAUGGAACCCCUUUUUUGGCGGUCACCUUAUCGACCUGGAGUCUGAGCGGCCCAACGAAGAAGAUCGAAGCCACGGUCAACAGUACACAAUAUUUGACUCUUGUUCCGGUGCCGGCGGAGUAUCGCGAGGAGCCCUCAUGGCUGGUUUCAAAGUCCGAUAUGCGUUGGAUAAAGCACCAGAGGUUUGGGAUACCUACCAAGCAAAUUUCCCUGAAACCGAACUAUUCAAGAUGUCCCUUGACCAGUUUCUAUCCAGCGCGCAGACGAGCCAUUUGCGAGUUGAUGUUCUGCACUUUUCUCCGCCCUGUCAAUUCUUUUCGCCAGCACACACGCACGCAUCAGAACAUGAUGAUGCAAAUAUUUUUGCGUUAUAUGGCUGCAAUCAACUACUCAAGAAGUUGCGUCCCCGUAUCGUCACUGUGGAACAAACAUUCGGGCUUACGCAUGACCGGCACGAGGAGUACUUCAAUGGCUUCCUCGGGGACUUCACACAGCAUGGCUACUCCAUACGCUGGAGAGUCAUAAAGCUCUGUACGUGGGGAGCUGCUCAAGACCGGAGACGCCUAAUCAUCAUUGCCGCUGCACCUGGAGAGAGACUUCCAACCUUCCCCCAGGCUACACACAAUCAGGAGGGCGGCAACGGACUGCUGCCCUACAAUAGCAUCGGAAAGGCGCUAAGGGGUAUCCGCGCAGGAGACGAUCUUCAUGACCUUGAUAAUGUCCAUUAUUUCGAUCCACCAAGAGCGCCAUAUGACCCAGAGCGCCUGGCAGGGACCAUCACCACUGGCGGAAGUGAUUUUUACCACCCUGACGGCUCACGAAAGCUCACUCUUAGAGAGUAUGCAAGCUUACAGGGAUUUCCGAAGUCGCAUCAGUUCCUCGGUACUAAAACAUCCAUCAAACGGCAGAUUGGAAAUGCCUUUCCCCCAAACACAGUCCGUGUUCUCUACAAACACUUAGAACAAUGGCUCUUGAACGAAGACCACAUGAAGCCAUUCACCAACAACCAGGAAACCAUCCUCAUUGAGGAUGAUUCCGAUACAACGGCCAAUCUUACGGAUGAUUCUGAGAAUAGGUCACGCCACUCUCCGGAUAUGAUGGACGGAAAUAUUGUUGAGACUUUCGAUAUACAACAACAUCGACGCGGCAGAGACCGAUGGGCAGUCGAGGACAUGGUGAUUGACUUGACCUAG